CUGAUAUCAUAAUCAUGCGGAUGUAGCCAAAACCAUGGCUUCCCCUCCCCUCAUCGGACUCCCGAGAAUCUAUGCCGGCAAGGGGAAUAAGUGCGUCCCUCCGACCAACGACUUUCUCCUAGGGACCUGGCACGUAACCCACUCGAGCCUCCCGCUCUGGAAGGACAAGCGCAACGUCAACAUCACCUACGAGCUGCUGCCCAUCGACUCGUCCGGGGUGAUCAAGCUCAACGACAUUGUUAGGUAUCAAUCGAUCGGCUCUGAGAAAAUCAAGUCCGUCCACGGCGUGGACACGCCAACGCCCGGUGAUCCGGGGGCCUGGGAUUGGCGAGGCAAAGGGUGGCUGAUGAUCGCGAGCUCACACUGGGAGUGUCUUGGCUUCGGUCAUGCGGAUGACGACGAUAGCGACAACCAGUGGAUUGUUACUUUCUUUGCCAAAACCCACUUCACGCCGGCCGGGAUUGACAUCUACUCCCGGAACAAGGAAGGCCUUCCCCAGACCACUGUCGAUGCCAUUCUCCAAGCCCUCCAGGAGCUUAGCGUCAGAGAAAUCUCAGCGCUCGCCAACAGUAUCUUCCAGAUCCCACACGACUAAGAAUAAGAAUACAGGCUAGACUAGCUAGAUGCGAAGCCAGUUACCUAUGUUGCUGCGGUCCGGUCGGUCCACGUGUUAGAGACAUCCACAUCCAUCAUCAUGCUGCUACCUGCCUCAUUCGUGAUUCUUUCUUCGGAUAGAUGGAUACUUGGCGACAAGCAACUUCUGCCGCCUUAUUCUGUUUAUAGUAUACCUACAUCCUUAUAUCCAUUUUGGGAGAUCCAAUUUCCCGGUAACACAUCUACCUACCUAAUCGAGCUCACCUACAUCACCGCCGGUGGUUUAAACUGAGACACGCUCAAUCAUCACUAAAGUACUUACUAGU